CUUCAAAAGUGCAACUCUUUAGCAUUCAGAAACACUAAAAGAAAUGAAUUAAAACAUUGUGGUGGUUAGUAAAUGUUUGCCUGGCACAGCCAGACUAUUCUCCUUGUAUUUUUCAAACACUGUGAGAAAUAGUCUGGGACCCAGCCCAUUAACGGCCUCUCAAGCAAGGUACAAAAUCAAUCGUCCAAUCAGAUUCGUUUAUUUGCGUGGUGUAUUCUUAACGAGUAACAUCUUUCUUGCACGCCGAAAGUCGUGUCUACAACAACACAGAUGGCGAACGGGAGAGCCGAGAAUAUGUUCCAAUCCGCGGUAAAACCAGUUUUACAUUACCAAAAACACAUCAAAACAAGUCAUUGACAACAGUCAACAUGGCUCGCGCUAGCCAUGUUGAAUAAACUUCUCCAUUCUCCGCUCACGCUAAUUACUUGUCGCUUUAACAACGUCACGUCUGCCCGUCGCUGAUUGGUCCACUCCGUUGUCUGUUUGCUGUGGCUUGCUCCGCCCUCGGAAUUUGAUCCGCCGGACGGUCGCCGGACUCAAUCGCUGGAAAGGCGGUGAGUCUGGUAUACCAGGCAAAGUAAAUGUUACUUUUAUAGAACAAGUGCAGGGAAAUAUAUUAGUAUAUGGAAUCACUCCAUUUUGAGGAAAAAAUAUGGAAUCAUGAGAAACAAACAAAGAAAUAACAAUCAAAACACAUCUCUAGUAUUUAGUAGCACCACCUCUAGCUUUCAUGACAGCUUGCAGUCUCUGAGGCAUGGACUUCAUGAGUAUAUUCUUCAUCAAUUUGGUGCCAACUCUCUUUAAUUGCAGUUGCCAGGUCAUCAUGCAAGUCGGAGCCUUGGUGUGGACCAUUUUUUUCAAUUUCCACCACAGGUUUUCAAUAGGGUUGAGAUCUGGGCUAUUUGCAGGCCUUGACAUUGACUGGAUGAGUCUUUCUCCAAGGAAUGCUUUAACAGUUUUAGCUCUCUUGACACCUUGUCCAAUGCAGAUUAUUGACUCUUGACUAGGUGAUUAUGCUGGAACUUUUUUUUGUCUCUAUUUUGUUCUCCUCAGAAUGGAGUGAUUCCAUAUAUAUUUCCCUGCAAUUGCUCUAUAAAAUUAACAUUUACUGACUACCACAAUGUUUUUAUUAAUUUCUUUUAGUGUUUCUGAAUGCUAAACAGUUGCACUUUUGAAGUAAUUCAAUAUUUUUUCAAGCUUUUUAUCUGUGUUUAUCUACAUGAUAAAAUGUCUGAGUGAGUGCUCGCCAAAGACUGGUGAUUCCAUACUUUUUGCUAUGGGUUGUAUAAAUAAGGGAAUAUAACAUAAAUACAAAUAUGACUACAUUGCUCCAUGAUUUAUUUUCUAAUUUGUCCAUGUUCUAAGACCCCAGAAUUGUUGUCAUCCUCCAUUUAGUAUGUAAAAUACUAGAAAGUGACAGACAGCAUAUGGAAAAACUGACCAAUAUGUAGCCCAAUGACUUUCUUUCUGGUGUGUAGUAAUCCCUUUGAUGAAGGUUCCCUUUUGAACGCUAUAGUUUACAAAUGAUAAAAGGAUAUAUGAAAUACUGUAAUUGUAGUGGAUGCAAAGACGGGUAUGGUCUAAAUCAGGGGCCUGCAAGUCAUGUCCUUAAGAGCCGCUAUCCAGCUUGUUUUCCAUGUCUCCCUCCUUUGCCACACCUGAAUCAAUUGAUCAGUUCAUCAGCAAGCUCUGAAGGAUUCUGAUAAUUUUAUUCAGGUGUGUUAAAGGAGGGAGACGUGAAAACUAAAUGCUCAAGUACAGGGUGAUAAGAGAAUGACAGCAAAUCAAUGCAGCCAAAUGAUCAAAUAGCCUAUUACAAACCAAGAACUGUGGCCUCCAUCCAUCUUUGCCGAACUUUGCCAAACAUGUAUCCAUGCUGUAUUAGGAACUGUGUGUUUAAAUUCUGCUUUGAUACUAAAGGAUGGUGCUGAUGAAGGUCACAUUUUUGGACCUCAUUAAUUUUUUUCCCUUUUCUAUUCCCCUGCUUCCCACCGCUUCCUCCCUCCUCUUCUUUGUCUUGGUCUGAGACAGAAAAUUGAAUUCUCUUAAGAGCGCCUUUGUGAUCAGUUUUCUAUUGUGGACAAUGGCUCCCCUGUGACUGUUACAGCUGGUCUCUCAAUAUGCCCACCGACAAACACGUACACACCAUUGCCGACAUACAAGCAUGUACAUUUAUUUAUGACUAUAGUGGCAUUGAUGGAUAGUAAAUUGUCAGCUUUUAGAACUUGCUUGGUGUUCCUAUAGACAAAAUGUUCCUCUCAGCAAUGAUUAAAUUCCAGACUGGUAUUUCAUGUUGCAUGUAUUGUUAUGUAUUUAUCCAUUGUAAUGUAUAUCACUUACUGGCCACAGCAAGUAAUAUAAAUUAAUGGGGGAUUUAUUUUACGAGUCAUAUCGUAACCAUUGCAUCUAGAUAGAUCUCUUUGGCAAUUCUAAAUGAGAGACCAUAUCAACACAAUUUACCGUAGUCUUUUUAAGGGCCUUAUUUAAUUCUAUUUUAUUUUUUCAGGUAAAACCCCAAGUAAAAUGUACGCAGUGUGUAAACAAGCACACACUUUACUGAAAAUCUGAUAUAGUAUGCCUUUGUUUUGCUGAUGUCCCAACUAGGUUGUCAAUUGCUGAUGGGAACAUUUAUCACGGCUGGAUUCUGAGCUGAGCGUGAGAGGAUGACUAAGCGUCUCUACUACCUGCCUGUGUGUUUGUGUGUUGAGAAAAGAACAUGACCAUGGAUGACUAACUUUGUUUUCAUUCGACAAUUAAAAAAAAAAAAAAAAAAAAAAAAGUCUGAACAAACAACGGGUAUUCGUGUAUAGAAUAUAAAUUUCAUCUGUGAAUUAACUAUUUGAUCAUUUGGCUGCGUUGAUUUUGACAAAGUUGCCACAGGCUUGUUAAUGUUUUCUAGCAAAAUCCAUGCCAUAGUCAUGAGAAGUUCUUAAACUACUGAAUUGUUCACGCCGAUGCAUUUGUUAAUUGGAACCAUCCACCAGCUGGUCCCAUCCCAGUUAGUACAACACGCCUGUUCUCUAAUGAAGGACAUGUGCAAUCAGUGACACAAAUAAAAGGAAACGGACGAUCAGAAGAGAAGCGUAUUAGACAACCAGCCAGCCAGUAAGAAUGUCUCAUAGGAACAUAUUUUUGUUCUAAUUAUUGUUGGUUUUAAAAUAUUCUGAUAGUAGCUGUGUAAAAAUUGAGGUGUGACUUGAUUUAGUUAUGAGCAAUUUGUUUGACGUUCGUUGCAGGGUUGUAGUCUGCUCCCAGGAAAAGGUCCCUAAAGUUGAGGAGACCAAAAAAUGGAAGGAUGACUAUAUUCCCUACCCACGGAUAGAAGAUGUCCUGGAGAAAGGUGGCCCAUAUCCCCAGGUAAUCUUGCCACAAUUUGGUGGCUACUGGAUCGAAGAUGCGGAUGCACCAGCCGGAACGCCCUCAUCUUCAGAGUCCAGUUUCUGUGAAGAAGAGGAUGGAGGAGAGGGCAUGAGUCCUGAUGAAGGACACUGCUACCGUCUGGAGUGCAACAGUACAGCUCGAGCCUACCGCAAACACUUUUUGGGCAAGGAGCACAUGAACUACUACUGCACUGGCAGCAGCAUAGGGAACCUCAUCAUGUCCCUGAAGCAUGAGGAGGUAGAGGGGCAAGAAUUAUUGCGCAUCAUGCUCAGGUCAAGGACCAACACUGUCCAUGAUAGAAUAUCGUUGGCAGGUCUUAACCAGCUUCCCAGUGUACCUCAGAUUGCGAAACUUUUGUGUGAAGAUGCUACAGGAUUAAAAUUUAACCCAGCUCUUUACCCUCGAGGAUCUCAGUUGAUCGUAGCUUACGAUGAGCAUGAAGUUAACAACACCUUCAAAUUUGGAGUGAUAUACCAAAAAUUUGGACAGACAUCUGAGGAAGAGUUGUUUGGGAAUAACGAAGAGACUCCAGCAUUCAAAGAGUUUCUCAGUAUACUCGGUGACAACAUUGAACUUCAGGACUUUAAGGGAUUCCGUGGGGGGCUGGACGUGUCCCAUGGACAGACAGGGACUGAAUCUGUGUAUACAGUUUUUAGACAAAGGGAGGUUAUGUUCCAUGUGUCAACCAAGCUUCCUUUCACUGAUGGCGAUGUACAGCAGCUUCAGAGGAAAAGGCACAUAGGAAAUGACAUCGUAGCAGCAGUUUUCCAAGAAGAGCCCACACCUUUUGUUCCUGACAUAAUUGCCUCCAACUUUCUGCAUGCAUAUGUGUUGGUUCAGGUUGAGAACCCAUGCACGGAGAACACAACAUAUAAGGUAUCUGUCACUGCGAGAGAGGAUGUACCUCCCUUUGGACCCGCCCUGCCAAACCCAGCUGUCUUUAAAAAGGGCCCAGAAUUCCGAGAUUUUCUGUUGACAAAGCUGAUCAAUGCGGAAAACGCCUGCUACAAAUCUGACAAGUUUGCCAAACUAGAGGGUCGAACGCGAGCUGCGUUGCUAGACAACCUCCACGAUGAGCUACACAGACAAAGUCAGGCCACUCUGGGUCUAAGCCAAGCAGAAGAGGAGGACAAGCUGGAAAAUGGGGGACACGGGGGUCUCCUGGAGUCAUUCAAGAGGGCCAUGCGGGUGAGGAGUCACUCUAUGGAGACUGUGGUGGGGUCUAAUCGCCUCAGGAGCCCAGGUGGUGGAGGGGGAGUGCCAGCCAGUUUAAGUGGUGGAGCAAUGCCACAGAGCACCAGUGAAUGUACGAAGAGCACCUACAAUCCUCCAACAUUAUCAGCCAAAUCCUCCUUAAAGAGCCCUGUGAAAAGGCGAUCGGGACUCUUCCCACGUCUCCACUCGAGCAUUGAAACACCUUCUGACAAAUGCACUCGAAGUGACCAAAAAGCUUCAGAGAUCUGCCCACUAUCCCAGGAAGUGAGGUCGGAGACAUUAUCCAACCCAAGUUCACCUGAGAUUUGCCCUAACAAAGAAAGGCCUUUCGUUAAACUGAAGGACAGCACAGGGAGCAGACCAAACAUCUCUCGGUCUUCAUCAAGCACCAGCAGCUUCAGCAGCAUUACAGGAGAUCCAGAAGCUUUGGAAGACAUAGAGACAGCCAGCCAGCCAUCCAUAGCAUCAUCUUCUGUCUUCAGUCCUUCGAUCAGCAUUGACAGCCCAGUGUCUGGAACUCCCAUCAUCAUGUGCCGCAGUGCCACAGAUGGGAAAAAUAAGACAUCACCAAGAUCCAACUUAAAAUUCAAAUUUGACAAAAUGAGCCACUCAUCUACAAAUUCGGAGUAACUCAAUGACCAGACUUCAGCAGGUCUGUACAGGCUGAAGGAGCUUGCAAAACACAACGACAAUUUCGAAACAAAAUCAUUGUAGAACCACUUCUCGAAGCCAUCGAUGAUCCAGCAAGGCUAGUAAAUUUUCGAUAGCCCCAAAAUAUCUGGAAAUACUGUGAGUGUACAGCGUGAAACUCUUUUGGGUUAUUUUUGACCGGCUUUUGGCAGACAGAAAGUAGUCAAUAUUUUAAUGAUGUUCAGUGUAUUUAUUUGGUAAAUUGUUCAUAUAAUAAUUAACAAACCCCGGCCAAGUUGUUAUACUGGAAGUGGUGGGACGAGCUAGACUCUUUCAAAAGCUUUUAUCCAAUUAUAGUCUGUGUUAGCUUUAACACCGUACACUGGUAUCAUAGUAAUAUGAGCUAAGUGCUUUUUAAAUUUUUUUUUUUUUCAUUUACUUUUGAGCUUGUUAGCUGCUGGCCAGCUGCUUCAGUCGUUCCACGUGUCUCUAAAUCAGGUGUGUCCAAACUACAGCUCGCGGGCCAACUGCUGCCUACAAAUUAUCAAAAUAUCAACGAGUAUAUCAGUUACAAGAAGCUUGAAUUCAGCCUACAUUCUGUUGAACUUGUCAGCUUCAACACUAGAUAAAGCUAGUCUCUCCGUUAGCUCUGGGGUCAAAACUUAACAACAUGUUUAAAUCAAGGUAGGAAACCGUAUAGAAUUUUAGAAGAUGAAUGAGACCAGUAAUAGCAUAAUAAUCUCAUUUUCAUGUGAUUUAUAUAUAUACAGGUUAUUAUCUUAAAAACUAAGGAAAAUGCACCAAUUUCAGGCCACUAUUUUAAUACAAGACGAUAUGGCUUGAUAUUGUCCGGUCAGCUAUCUUACAGUGUAUAAAAGAGUAUCUGAACCUUUUGGAAAUUCUCACAUUCCUGCAUAAAACACCAUCAAAUGGGAUCUGAUCUUUGUCAAAAUCACAUAGAUGAAAAAAACAGCGUCUGCUUUAACUAAAACCACCCAUUUAUAAGUUUUCCUAUUUUAAUGAGGAUAGUAUGCAAACAAUGACAGACGGGGGAAAAAAUAAUUAAGUGAACCAUCACAUUAAAUAUUUUGUGUGUGUUUUAUAGUGGGCAGGGCAGCUUUAAACCACUCAUCAGUGAUUAGGCACACACCUGACUUAAAAUGUUUGGUAAAAAUUGGAUUCAAUUGCUCUUUAGGUCUCCUUAGGCAGAUGGUUCACUUAUUUUCCCCCCUUUCUGUCAUUGUUUGCAUACUAUCCUCAUUAAAAUAUGAAAACCUAUAAAUGUUUGGGUGGUUUUAGUUAAAGCAGACAGGUUUUUUUUUUUUUUCCAUUUGUGUGAUUUUGACAAAGAUCAGAUCACUUUUGAUGGUGAUUUUAUGCAGAAAUGUGAGAAAUUCCAAAAGGUUCAGAUACUUUUUCAUACCAUUGUAACUGUCUUGAUCUUUACUCAGUUUUCAAAAAGCUGCUAUCAUUAUAAACAAAUAAAGCACAAUUAAAAUGCUCUUUUGGUUGAAGGGGAAAAAAUGAGUAACAGUUAAAAAUUAUAUAUACAGUGUACAAACAUACAUACAAAUACAUAUAAUACAUAUUCGGGCUGUAUGCCAUCGUGUUUAACAAAUGAAAGUGGAAGGAUUUCAAGUUGGCCUUUGCCUCCUUUGAGCUUUCUGAAAGCAAAGGUUUGGACACCCCUGCUCUAAAUAGUCUGGGAAGAGAAUUAUUAGAAUAAAGACACAUUUUCAGUUGUGAGGUUUUGGAAGUCUAAUGUGUAUUUGUGUACGACUUGAAUUUGCUGUGUGUAUAAAAUUGUUUUUUUGUAUGGCAAACACCUUUGUUACCUUGCUUGCUGCUGCACUUUGAACGCUGCUGGAAUUCAUUUGACCCAAAUAAUAACCUUCUUUAUUUGUAAGGACAUAAAAUUCAUGAUUUCCCAUGUUUGAUUUGCCAAAACAGAUGUGCAGUACAUGGUACUGCAUGAACAGUUCCCCAAGAUCUUAUUUUCUAGUCUAGAAUCUUAAAGAUAGGUUUAACACCACAUUUUAUUAAACAACCUGUACUUCAGUAUAUUAAAGAUGCUCGCUCACGCACUGUACCUGUGUAUGUAUAUGAUAUAUACUUUUCUCUCAUGACUUGAAAAAGGCUGAAUGAACCUCUAAACCCAUUUCAGUAAAAAAUUUAAAGUUAUUAUUUUUGUGUUUUUGCUAUAUUUGAGAAAGUCCAUUAAAUGUAUAGUGCAAAGUUAGUUGCUUACAUGGCAAGACUAAUUUAAAAUGCUGCUUAGGGGGAAUCAAUGUGUCAAAAGGGAGUGAGGAAACAGACUGAACAAUUUCUAUAGCUGCUGUGACCAAAACCAUUCAUUAGAUGGCUGUUCUUUUUAAAAACUUUUUGGGGAAAUGUUGUUUUGAUAGAAUUAUGUAACUUCCAGCAUCAUUAUUAUUUAGAUGUAAGAAGGAAGUGGAUGUUGUGAAUGAUUAUCUGAAGAAAAGAAUACAUGAAUAGAUAAAGUUUAAGAAUAGUAUUGUUAUUUAGUUUGCAGCAGCCGUAUUGCCUUGGAACUUUUCACUGUAAUUGUACUUAAUUUAUUAAAUGAUACAUUUUUUACCAUUGUAAAAAAGGUACACAUGCAAAUGAAAUAACAUAAUGAGAAGAAAUAUAUGAAUUUGAAAGAUGUCUAAAUAUGUAAAUGUAUAUUUCGUUACUGUGCAACAGGAAAUAUA